UCUAUCUGAAGACCGAGUUAUAUAUAUAUUUUUUUUCUUUAUAAUCAAAUCAACCUUCUGAUUGAGAAUCUUCACAAAAUUUUGUGAUCAAUUCAUUCUCUAGCCAAUUCUUGCACGCUAACUCUCUUUUCUCCUUCUUCUUAUUCUUAUCUUCUUUACUUGAGCUUGCUUCUGCAGUGAGGUGUUUAAUCUGAAUUUUUCUAAUUUUUUACCAUUUGAUUAUGGGGGAGCUGAUUGGACCUCGCUUGUACAGCUGCUGUAAUUGCAGAAACCAUGUCUCUCUCCAUGAUGAUAUCAUUUCCAAGGCUUUUCAGGGAAAAAAUGGCCGAGCUUUUCUGUUUUCCCAUGCUAUGAAUGUUGUGACAGGGCCAAAAGAAGACAGGCAUCUCUUGACUGGCCUACACACUGUUGCUGAUGUUUAUUGCGGUGAUUGCCGAGAAGUGCUGGGUUGGAAGUAUGAAAGAGCUUAUGAAGCAUCCCAGAAAUACAAGGAAGGAAAAUUCAUUCUUGAGAAAUCAAAAAUUGUUAAGGAGAACUGGUAGCAUCCCCCCUUCUUUUCCACUCAUCAUGUGUAGAUUUAUUCAUGCUCUUUGGGGUUUAUCUCUUGUACAGGAAGUUCUUCACUUCGCCCGUUUAAAAUUUGUCAUUACUUCUCCACCUGCAUUAUAUUUCCUGGUGUUGUGACUGGAAAUGAAAUUGUAAGAAUUAAGAUAAUCUGUUAAUUCAUUGUCAGUAAAUUGUGUAUUCAUUUUCUGGUC